AACAUUUAAAUAAUUUCAAGACAUGCCCCUGUGUGAUUAAUGAACUUAAACAGGGCAUGUUGUAAGAUUUCAAAAUGAUUUUUGAUCAAAAUAUUUCAACAAAUAUGGUACAGUUCAUGGUCUACACAUUUACAGGUCAUAGUACAUGUUAGAUGUAAUUUAAAGCUGCAUUUUGUAACUUUUCCAGUGAAGGGUAUGCCAUCUGCUUGUCUCCAUGGAGAUGUUUUGCCUGGAAUGUUCCACAGUAAGACAUUCUAGUUCUUGCAUUUAAGUUAGUUUAGGUUAGUCGUACCCGUAGGUAAAUUUGUUUUGCAGAUUUGAGAGGCUGGUCCCACAUUUCACAUUUCAUUCAUCCACAUUAUGUACAAAAAACACGUAUAAAACACAGUCACAGUGCUUAAAUUCAUCCAUCACGCUUGGCUAAAAACACAAUAAAUAUUAAAUAUAUAUAAAAACACAUCCUUUUUCCAAGACAAACGUACUAAAAUUGAUAGAUAAAUAGAUUACAAUUUAUUCAUAAGUAGAGUAGGAGCUGGAACGAAGCACCUUUUAAAGCGAUUUGUUCUAGAUCUUGGGACUAAAAGCCUCUGAGCAGAAGAAAGCAGCUGAAACUCUGAGUUUAGUGGAUGUUGCUCGUCUUUUUUAAUACUCUGGGAUGUCCUCUGUAACUGUCUUGAGUAUAGAGAGUCCAGGCAGCUCUGAGGAUUAACAAUCACCAAACUCAUCCAUUUAACCAGCUGAUUCAGGGACCAUGAGACCAAUGAAAUAGUAAAAACUGAUUCCAAAAACGUUUAAUAGAACAGUGUCAUCAUGGUUAUUUAUUCAGUUAUAAACAUGCAUGCUUACUUUGCAGCUGGGCGGUGUUGCCUGUCCACAGAUCUGGCGUCUAACAUGGCUUGAUGUUGGUGUCGCCUGCUUGUCUCCAUGGCGAUAGAUAAUAACGUUUAAUUGUGCUCUGCUGUGAAAUAUCCAAAAAGUUAAUGCAGAAAAUGUUUAACCAAAUAAUUUCUAUUAAUGACAACAACAACAAAAAAAAAACUAUAUUAUUAAAAUUUUCUGUUUAGCUUCAAUGUUAUUGGCCUAUAGAAUGUUGUGAUAUCAUCUGAAAGGCAGCAAUACUGUGGAAUAUUCCUUGCAAAGCUUUAAUAUAUCCAUGGAGACGAGCAGGUGGCAGACCUUUCACUAAAAAAAGUUACUUAAUGCAGUAUUUCCCAAUAAUAGACGAGAGACUUUGGUGGCCCCCCAUAGCCUAAUGUUUGGCCCCUGUAGUCUAAAAAUAAAAUGAACGAAAAACUGGUAUAAUUAAUUAAGCUUUUAUGUCUGUAGUAUUGUUGAAAACAUAUAGAAGUAACUAUAUUUUGUCUGUAUUGAGUCAUUAUUUUUAUCAGCAGAGCCAAAAAGGCAAAUUUACUCCUAUAUCUACUCAUACAUAUAUAAAAUUAUUCAAGUAUUUAUCACUUCUGCCACCAUAAUCUGUGUGUUAAGUGUAUAAACUGGUGGAGAAACAGUGAUAAUACACCUUCUAACACAUGACACUUUUCUGUUUUAUUUACUGAUUAUUACACGUGCAUCACAGACUGUUUAUGAUCUACAUACGUGAGGCCAUGAGAGGGCAGCGUUGCGUUGAUUCUGCGCACGAAAACUAAGAAGAAGUGGCGUUUUUGUUUACAAUUUUACAGUUUUGCAGUUGGGGGGAAGUUUUUUGUGAGAACCACGCGUUUUUGUUUGGGAAUUUAACUCGGAUUUCGCUGCGGAUCCACUGCGCAUCGUUAAUCCCACCAUGCCGCGCAGAUGCAUAUUCCGCUGCCCGAACCCCAAUGUGUUAUUCAGCCAACCAAAAGACGAAGCCACUCUACAGAAAUGGCUUAAUUUUAUUUUCACACACCUCGCGCAUUUGCAAGGGGAGUACAAGAAUCACAUCUAUGUUUGCGAUCACCAUUUCACCGAGGACUGCAUGCUUAAUAAAGGCUUGUUUGACAGCGGAGUCAUCUCAACUAUAAGUCUACGAACCGGUGCUGUUCCUUCAAUUUACGAGCCAAUGCCACCCACACACAACUUAUCGGUGGAGCUGUUGGACCUACCUGAGGAGAAACCGUCCAUCUCAUCCAUUGAUUUAAGUCAACCGGCGGGCCACCCUGUCUACAGCCCCUCACUGACGCCUUCGCUCAGCUCGUUUCCGGUUAUGUUAAUCUCUGGCAAAAAAGACCCUCCGUUCAGAUCCCAAAGAUCAGCCACGAGAUCAGUCGCGACGCAGCUAUCCGCCAAUACGCUAAAAAACAUCAGAAGCAAAGCUGUCCAAGCCUCAAAUACAUUCCAUACUGUAAACGUAGGUGUCCAGACGGUCAAGAGGAAAAUAACUUUACCAUUGGCCAGAGCCUUCUUAGUGCAGAGUCGACCCAAAAAGAGGCCUCGUGUGGAAAUGGAGGAAGAGCGAGUUGAGGAGGAGCAGGACGAAGAUGAGCCCGUGUUUGAUGAUUCGUCUCAUAGAACCAGUGUUUAUAACUUCACUGAACUGACGGACACAGACCUUACCCCAGACUAUGAGGACACAAAGUACAUCGUGUUUGAAAAGAACCUUCGUCAGCUGUUUGAGCAGUGUCCCGUGUGUAACUCGGAGUGUGCGGUGCAGAGACAGAGGUGUGGGACCUUUGUCUCCUUCACCCAACACUGCCCCGAGUGCAUGUACAGCCGCACGUGGCAGAACCAGCCCGUGACCCGGAGCACGCCUGUGGGAGACCUGCAGCUCUCCGCCUCUGUGUACUUCUCUGGUGGAUCCUUCCAGAAAAUGCAAAGGAUAUGCAAAGGAAUUAACCUUCAAAUCCACCAGUUGGAUACAUUUAAAAAACAUUCACGGAUGUUUCUUGAACCCACCAUCUGCCACAACUGGAAACUGCACCAGGAGCGAGUGUUUGACGAGUGCAGAGAGCACUUGGAGCUGCCUGUGGCUGGUGACAUGAGGGCUCAUCCACCUGGACCCAGUGCUAAAUUAGGAAGUUACACCACAAUGGAUCUGGAAAGCAAAAAAAUACUUGACAUCCAGCUUGUGCAGAGCAAAAAAGUGGGAGACAAAAACCUCAUGGAAAAGAGAGGCCUUAAACGGAGCCUGGACCGACUGGAGGCAAACAACCUGAAGGUGGAUUACAUCGUCACCGACCGUCACGCCAAAGUCCAGAAGUAUCUCCAGAACAGACAGAUCACUCAGUACUACGACGUGUGGAGAUUGGAGAAAGAUUUAUCAAAGAAAUUGGACGCGUUAUCAGAAAAGAAAGACUUCGAGGUGUUAAAGAAGUGGUCUCCGGCGAUCAAACACCACAUGUACUGGGCGGCCGCCUCGUCCUCGUCUGGGGAAGAGAAAGUGGCCAAAUGGAUUUCUCAAAUAAACCACCUUCAAGACAUCCACAAGCACGACGAUCCUGUGUUUCCCCAGUGCGCCCAUCCCGACAAAAAGACCAGAAACCCAGACAAGUGGUUCAAACCAGACACUAAACCUCUCCAUGAAGUUGAGAAGUUGCUCCUGGACAAACGCGUUCUCCGUGACGUUCCAAAGCUGUGCUCCAAUCACCAGACGUCUUCGCUCGACCUGUUUCAUAAACUCAGUGUGCGGUUUAAACCUGAAGAUGUGACCUUCUCCCUGAUAGAGACCAAGUGCAGGCUCUUUUUGGCGGCGAUGCACUUUAAUGAAAACACAGCGCCUGAUCAAGAAAUGACCGGAAACGAUUUUCUGUUUGUCAAAUCGAAGCAGGCCUGUCCCAAUGUGAAAACAAAGGCAACAUACGGUUAUGUGCGUGAUCUGAUGGAGCUGCUGUUCACACAAGUUUUGCAUUAUCCAUCUGCAUUUGACCUAAAGAACAAAACAGAAACCGAACAUUCAGAGAAUCACGAGAUGAUGGAAGAACAACAUGGAUUUUAACUUUUAAAACUCGUUCCUGCAAAGGAGGCUCGUCUUUGUGGUCCAAUUUCUUGCCAGUUAUUGUUCGGUUUCAAAUGACUUCACAGCAUCUUUUGGUUCUGUACGGUUAAGUUGAAUUCUGAGUAUUAAAAAAAUACAUCUGUAUGUAUUUUAUGGUGAUGUUGGAUAAAACAAAAGAUACCUACUCUUUUUAAAAAAAAAGUGGGUCAAUAUUUGUGGAGUUUCAAUGUGAUUUUUUGCUCAUGGAAAUGCCUUAUGUUCGAUACAGGAAUAGUGGUUCUGUGUUACGUGGUCAUGUUCUCACUACUACAGAAAUAAAGAAAAAAGAGAAAUGUAUUAAGAAUACAUUGACAUUGUUUAUACUGUUCUAUAUCGUUUCUAUAUUGUUUUGUAAAAUGUUUUUACAAAUAAAAACAUUGAAAAAUGUGA